GUGGUAGUAAAGGAAAUCGAUAUUACUCACCAUGUCAAAGAAGGCUCUGAGAAGGCUGAUCAGUCGCACUUUGUCCUUUUGAAAGUACUUGGACAAGGUUCUUUUGGAAAGGUGUUUCUGGUUCGAAAAUUGACUCCACCUGACAAUAAUCAGUUGUAUGCAAUGAAAGUCCUUAAAAAGGCUACACUGAAAGUAAGAGACCGUGUAAGAACCAAAAUGGAACGUGAUAUUUUGGCUGAAGUGCACCACCCAUUUGUAGUGAGGCUUCAUUAUGCAUUCCAGACAGAGGGCAAACUUUAUUUGAUCUUGGACUUUUUGCGUGGUGGAGACCUCUUUACUCGUCUUUCAAAGGAGGUCAUGUUUACCGAGGAGGAUGUCAAAUUUUACCUGGCUGAGCUGGCACUAGGCCUUGAUCACCUGCAUAGCUUGGGGAUUAUCUAUCGUGACCUCAAGCCUGAGAACAUUUUGCUGGAUGAGGAAGGUCACAUCAAGUUAACAGAUUUUGGACUAAGUAAAGAGUCAAUAGAUCAUGAGAAGAAAGCAUACUCGUUCUGUGGGACAGUGGAGUACAUGGCACCAGAGGUUGUGAAUCGGCAGGGACAUUCCCACAGUGCAGACUGGUGGUCUUAUGGCGUGCUUAUGUUUGAAAUGCUUACAGGGUCCUUACCAUUCCAGGGAAAAGAUCGAAAAGAAACAAUGACACUAAUCUUAAAAGCCAAAUUGGGAAUGCCCCAGUUCCUAAGCAGUGAAGCACAGGGCUUGUUGCGUUCGCUCUUCAAAAGAAACCCUGCUAACAGGCUUGGAUCUGGCGUAGAUGGAGCAGAAGAGAUAAAACGUCACCCAUUCUUCUCUACCAUAGACUGGAAUAAAUUGUACCGCAGAGAGAUUAGCCCUCCCUUCAAACCUGCUGUCUCUCAGCCAGAAGACACCUAUUACUUUGACACAGAAUUCACCUCACGCACUCCAAAAGAUUCUCCUGGAAUACCCCCCAGUGCAGGAGCUCAUCAGCUCUUCCGUGGAUUUAGCUUUGUGGCUCCUCCUUUUGGUGGAGAAGACAGACCAUCUUCUACCUCUCCUUCACUAGCUGUACCAAAGAUGCUCAAUAAGAACAUUGCAUUUGCUGACGUGUACACGCUGCGAGAGUCUAUUGGUGUGGGGUCAUACUCUGUGUGCAAGCGUUGUGUUCACAAGGGAACCAAUAUGGAAUAUGCUGUGAAGAUAAUUGACAAGUCCAAGAGGGAUCCAUCAGAAGAAAUAGAGAUUCUUCGCCGAUAUGGUCAGCAUCCAAACAUCAUCACACUAAAGGAUGUAUAUGAAGAAGGGAAUUCUAUCUACCUUGUGACCGACCUUUUGAGAGGUGGAGAACUACUAGACAAGAUUUUACGUCAGAAAUUUUUCUCUGAGAGAGAGGCCUGUGCUGUUCUCCUUACAAUUUGCAAGACUGUGGAAUAUCUGCACUCACAAGGCGUUGUUCACAGGGAUCUAAAGCCAAGCAACAUUCUAUAUGUUGAUGAGUCUGGAAAUCCGGAAUCCAUACGAAUUUGCGAUUUUGGGUUCGCAAAACAGCUGCGGGCGGAAAAUGGAUUACUAAUGACCCCUUGUUACACAGCCAACUUUGUGGCCCCAGAGGUAUUGAAGAGGCAGGGAUAUGACGAAGGAUGUGACAUUUGGAGUCUGGGAAUCCUUCUCUAUACAAUGCUGGCAGGAUAUACACCAUUUGCCAAUGGCCCAGAAGACACACCAGAUGAGAUCUUGGCACGGAUUGGCAGUGGAAAGUUUACCUUGAAAGGGGGUAACUGGAACACCGUGUCGGACUCUGCAAAGGACUUGGUUUCGCGCAUGCUGCAUGUGGAUCCCCACUGCCGGCUCACUGCCCGUCAAGUUCUGCACCAUGAAUGGAUCACAAAACGAGACUUACUACCUCAGAGCCAUCUUAACCGGCAAGAUGCACAGUUGGUAAAGGGAGCUAUGGCUGCCACAUACUCUGCCUUAAACAGCUCUAAGCCAACUCCACAGCUGCAACCAAUCAAAUCAUCUAUCCUCGCACAACGCCGUGUCAAGAAACUUCCUUCCACCACUCUCUAG